AUGGCGAUGGAUUCCGCCAAGCCGGGCCUCCAUGAUUUGCCAAAUGAGACAUUACAGCAGAUAGCAGGUCACCUCAACGAGUUGCAUCGACCGAGUCUCUAUGCAUUCAGUUUGGCGAGCGAAACUUGCCAUAGUGCCACAAAUCCAUCAAUAUUUCACCAUAUUCACCUCAAUGUCAGCAGUCGCGAGGCUUUGCGGCGCGACAUCGAUGCUCUCGUCAAGACCCUCUCCCGUACAGAGUCCGCACGCCUCAUCCGCUGUCUCAGCAUCAAAGGGGCUCUGCGUUUGUCUGACGAAUCAAAAAUUGAGGGUUACAAAUCCUGUACGCCAGACCGCCAUAGCUGGUUCAAGUCGACUGGCGUCAACGAAAUCUUGGGAGAUGAAGAGCCAUAUUACACUUCGCCGUAUGUCGUCUACGAUGAGCCUGUUAUCGAAAAGUCUUCCGAAGAGGAUAUGGCAUGGGCGCCAGUCGUCAGGUUGAUGAAAACAAUACCGCACCUUACCAAACUAGUAUACGACUGCCGGAAUCAAUUUCCGCCCAGCCUCCUUGACGCCCUCCAUGAACACCACCCCCAAUGCAGACUCUACCACCUCACUUUUCGAUUUCGAACCCUACUAUGGGGUAACCCGUAUCCUUACGAAAUGGCAUUAGCCACGUCUCCGUGUCUGUAUGGUGUGAAGCUUGCAUGCAGUUGGCGGGAUUCGGAGGGCGACGAUGACUUCAACCAAGAGGCGAUGUUAGAGCUCGUUGCCGGUCUUGCGCCCAAUUUGAAGGAAGUUGUUGUCAUGAAACUUAUGCCGGAGAACGCGGUGAGAUAUUACCGCCGCCCGCGAGAGCCGUGGCGAGGUCUUCCAGGUUUUGUCUCCGGUGGGUCUAUGGGGUCAUUGACCUCUCUGUCGCUCAUCGGGAACGUGGAGUGGAGAAUGCCGGAUGUUCUCCAGAUGUGGUCCAAGCACACAGACUUCAGCUCUUUGCGUCACCUCACCCUUGGGGGCGGUUAUGGGUGUGAGAACAUGGGAAUGGAUGAUGAGGUUAUGGAGAAGGUCGCUCAGAAUUACUGUUUCCCUCGACUGAGGACACUUUGCAUUCGUCUGGAACGCAACGACCGAGCAGUUGAGAGACCCAGCUACGCCAACAGCGCCAUCGCCCUCUUCAGGUCACUCGAACCUCUAGAUGAGCUUUCUGUGUCUGGCCCACUUGAGCCCAAAAUCCUGGACGCCAUUCUAUACCGCCAUGGUCAGACAUUGAAAAAGUUAAUUCUACGUCCCUAUGAAAAUCAAUUCACUUUAGACAAUGGUCGACCGCGACGAGAAAUACCCAUGACAUUCUCAAAAGAGCAUAUUCUACAGAUCCAGGCCCAGUGUCCGGAGUUGAAAGAGCUGGCCGUUUCGAUUAAGCGCACGAAAUCCGAUGAGUUUGAGGCUGAGAUCUAUAAGAGUUUCGGCAAGAUGGAACAGUUGCAAUCCCUCUUCCUCACCCUGGAUUGCUCGGACUGGCGGGUUACUCGAGAUCCCGAAUCGAGGGACGACCCUUCAUUCGACGAGAUGGAUCGCGAGACCUUCAAAUUACUCGACUAUUUGAAGAAUGGCCACCUGCGAGAAAACCUCAUGAACUGUGCGGUGGACGAGACUCUGGCGCGAUCAAUUUGGGAGACAAUCUGCCAGAACAAAAUGGGCCGACGUUUGGAGUCUCUCAAAUUGUGGACCGCCAGGGGCGGCCAAUGGGGCAACAGCGGAAACAACGGCGCCAUACCACCAGUUAUUAAUCAUCUGAGUCGUUCGUGGCUGAUUGAGCGAGUCGCUCGAGAUGACAUGAAUGAUAUCACCGUUAGGGAACUGGGUCGACAAGUGAGGGAGGCCCGCGAUCAGGAGAUGACAGAUGAGAUGAAGCGGAUAGCGGAGUACUUGAGAGCGGAAAAAGAAAUCGAAAUCGAGCCAGUGGAUGUAGCGGAAGACUCGGAGGUCGUAAAAGUGCUUCGUCGCAUCUGGCCUCGCAAGGAGGGCAGCAAAGAUUGGCGCGAAGAUUGGUCAAGUCUUCCUCUGCAGGUUUGA